AGAGAGAGUGGAGGGGAGAAGAGAAGGAGAGAGAGAGAAUCACACAGGAGCUGCUGCUCAGUGCAUUGAUGCUGCUGCAGCAGAGAGGAGAGGGGCUGCAGAGGGGGCUUCAGAAUGAACAAUAACAGACAAAACAGGAAGAACAUGGAAUGUUGUGGUGGAAUGCAGAAUGUUGGAUUGUCUGGAACGGACAUCAUUAAUGACCUGAAGACAAGUAUGGAGUGAGCCGAGGCAGUGUUGGACUGUGACAGUGUUUCCCUGGGUAUCUAGUUGUGCGACUGUAACAGUGAGUCCCAGACGGAGGGGAGAUGUAUGCCUUCUACUCCCUGCUAGUUUACAUCUUCUACACUGUCUUCAAGAAGGAGGAGGAAGCAGCCCUGGAAGCUGCUCAGGGCGGAGCCUCAGCGGGGCCAGGACGUGUUUCCAUGGAAACAAGGAGCAGGAGGGAAAAAGGCCACACACUCAGGAAGGAGAGGAAGAAAAGGGGGCGUGGCAGCAGGUUGAGUGACUCCAGCAGUAGCAGUGAUAGUGACGGCCUGUCCCUGAGUGAUGAAGAUGAUGAUGGUGGUGGAGGUGGUGAAGUGCCCGAUAUCCCAGCAUGCACUCCUCUGGGUGCCUUCCUGUCCUUUAAACAGGAGAAUGAGAAAAGGAGGGAGGUCCAGGUGCAGCUGGAGACAGCAGGAAAGUUGAUGUCUGAGUCUCCCUUGGUGGCGGUGAUGUCCCACUUGCUGAGUUUUCUGGAGCAGUACUCCCACCUCCAGCAGCUGCAGCAGCAGGCUGAUCAGUACCGGGUCCAGCUGAAGAGGCACCGGGCCCAGCAUCGCCGCCAGAUGAAGACCCUGAGGACAUCGUACCGUCAGAGGCUGAGAGAUAAGAACAGCGUCAUCGACAGCCUGGAGGAGGCCAUCAUCACCCAGCAAUACACACCGAGCACCCCGGGGAGCGACGGUGAGUGUGGUGCUGAUGUCCCUGGGUCCGGGCCUGGGGCAGGACUCCACAGGCUGGUAGAGUCUCUGUAUGGACUACAGGGAGAGAAGAGCCAGCUGAGGGGAGAACUACGGCUGCUGCACUCCCAACUGGAGCAGAGAGAACAGGACCGACACUCACGAGUACAGGUCUUCCAACAUCAGAUUGACGAAUUGAAGAGCUGCAUCGAGGAGCGGGAGGAGGAGCUGUCCAGACUAAGAACUGACUCUGGAGCCACAGACUCAGAGAAGCGGGUUGUGUGUCUGUCAGCGGAGAACGAGAGUCUGAAACAGAGUCUGACUGUCACCCAGGGCCUCCUGCAGCAGCUCUCUGUCAUCCCCUCCCAGUCCAGCUCUGUGCUCAUCAAGGAGAAUGAGAAUCUGCGCAGCCGGGUGCAGCAGCUGGAGAGUUCCCUGCAGCAGAGGGCUGAUCAGCUGUCUCACCUGGAGCGUCAGAGCGAACAAAGCGAGUGGAGGAGAGGAGAGGAGCAGAGGAGAAGAGAGGAGAGAGUGAGCGAGCUGCAGCUAGAGCUGGAUAAAGAGAGGGCCAAAGAGCCACAGGUCAAGAUUGUCACUCAAACUGUGGAGGUGGAGUCACCGGCGACGCUGAGGCAGUUGGCUGAGGCCAGAGAGAGGAACGAGCAGCUGUCAGAGAAACUGACCAAUCAGAACGAGAAGUGCAGACAACUGGAGGAGCACAUUAGGAAGUCAGAUGAAUUCAGUUGUAACCUGCAACACAAGAUUGCAGCGUACGAGCGGGAGAUCAGUGUACUGCAGGAGGAACUGCUGAAGGAGAUAGGUCACCUGGAGGAGAAGAAGGAGGAGGCUGUAAAGGCUGCAGCGACCUGCUCCGUAGAACACUUCCAGAGCCUGCAGGACCAGUUCUUUAACCUGCAGAAGCGUCUGACAGCGCUCCCUCCGACCCUGCGCACCAUGAAGACAGACUACGCCAGCCUGAGGAGCCAGGUCCGCAACUUCUCCGACUUCUACGCAGCCAUCACCGACGCCAAGAAACAGAUAUCAGCAGCUGUGAGUGAGAUGUCGGAGGCCAACAAGGACCUCCUGGAGAAGUACAAGAAGGAGGUGGCACUGCGGAGGAAGUACCACGAGCAGCUGGUCGAGCUCAAAGGCAACAUCCGUGUGCUGUGCCGUGUGAAGCCGGUUCUGAAGGAGGACCAGCAUGAGGAGGGCCAAUCGGUGGUGGUAACCACAGACCCCAACAACGAAUCAGCUCUCUCCGUGCUGAAAGGGCAGGGCCGCAGCCAUAACUUUGAGCUGGACCGUGUCUUCCACCCUCAGGCCACUCAGGAAGAGGUCUUCCAGGAGAUCGAGCCCCUUGUGACAUCCUGUAUAGAUGGAUAUCACGUCUGCAUCUUUGCCUAUGGGCAGACUGGCUCUGGGAAGACCUACACCAUGGAGGGCAGCACAGAGAACCCAGGCAUCAACCAGCGUGCUCUGAAACACCUGUUUAGUGAGAUAGAGGACAGGAAGGACAUGUGGACGUACACCGUGACUGUCAGCUCUGUGGAGAUCUACAACGAGGUGCUCAGAGACCUGCUGAGUAAGGAUGGAGAGAAGCUGGACAUUAAGAUCAACCCAGAUGGAACAGGACAGCUGCACGUCCCUGGACUCAGGCUCAUAGAGGUCAAGAGCUUCCAACACAUCAAGAAACUUCUGGCACAGGCGCGUCGUAACAGGAUCACCUUCGGGACCCAGAUGAAUCAGCACAGCUCUCGUUCCCAUGCCCUCCUCAUGAUCACUGUGCUGGGGACUGACCUGGCCAGCGGGGCCAAGACCACAGGCAAGUUGAACCUGGUGGACCUGGCUGGCUCUGAGAGGGUCUGGAAGUCAGGAGCUGAGGGAGAGAGGCUGAAGGAGGCCCAGAACAUCAACCGCUCUCUGCUGGCUCUGGGGGACGUCAUCCAGGCUCUGAGGGGGAAGGAGAAACACAUCCCCUUCAGAAACAGUCGCCUCACAUAUCUGCUGCAGGACUCACUGGGCAAGGGCAACAAGACGGCCAUGGUGGUGCAGGUGUCUGCUCUGGAGAGUAAUGUGGGAGAGACCAUGUGUUCUCUGAAGUUUGCUGAGAGGGUUUGUAAGGUGGAGCUGGGGCCUGCAGCCAGGAAGAUACAGAGAGGAGGGGGAAGCCAUCAGUGUGAUUAGAACUCC